AUGGCAUCCUAUUUCAAUAAACACGAGCCAUUGGACCCCAAGCAGGAGACUCGAACCAACAUGCUGCUGGAACCCGCGAGGUCACUUUUCAAUAGGAUGGGCUUUGAAGACUUGGGGUUGGUAGUAGAUUGGGACCACCACCUGCCUCCAUCAGCUGCCAAGACUGUUGCAAACCUCCCCAGGAUAAUUGUCAGAGGCUCUCAGGCUGAGCUCAAGUGCCCUGUGUGUCUUUUGGAAUUUGAGGAGGAGGACACUGCCAUUGAGAUGCCCUGCCAUCACCUCUUCCAUUCCAGCUACAUUCUGCUCUGGCUAAGCAAGACAAAUUCCUGUCUCUUGUGCCACCAUGAGCUGCUUAUUGAUGAUGAUACUUAUGAUGAGCACAGAUGA